AUUCAGCCAAUCACAAUGGGGUUUUAGGAAGUACCAAUAAAUAACUCUAAACGCGUUCCUUCGUUUUUUUUUCGAUUGCAGCCAAUCACACAGACGCUUUCUGGAACACCAAUCCGUAGCUGUAGAGGGGAGAAUUCAAUGCCAUGUGACACAAACCGACCAGUUACAGACGCAGGUUCCGAGUUCCCUUAUUUGCAUGGGAGGCCUAUAAAAGCAGCAGCCCGGGAGGAGGAGAGAACAGUUUGUAGUUAGAAAGCAGCGGUGUGACCAUGCCUGAACCAGCCAAGUCCGCUCCAGCCCCGAAGAAAGGUUCCAAGAAAGCGGUGACCAAGACCCAGAAGAAAGAUGGGAAGAAGCGCAGGAAGACAAGGAAGGAGAGUUAUGCCAUUUACGUGUACAAGGUGCUGAAGCAGGUGCACCCCGAUACCGGCAUCUCCUCCAAGGCCAUGAGCAUCAUGAACUCCUUUGUCAACGAUGUGUUUGAGCGCAUCGCAGGGGAAGCCUCCCGCCUGGCUCAUUACAACAAGCGCUCCACCAUCACCUCCCGGGAGAUCCAGACCGCGGUCCGCCUGCUGCUGCCUGGGGAGCUGGCCAAGCACGCCGUGUCCGAGGGCACCAAGGCUGUCACCAAGUACACCAGCGCCAAGUAACUGCUGCUCCAUCUCCUGCCCUACUCCCAGCAACACAAAGGCUCUUCUCAGAGCCACUCACAUUAUCUAAACACGGCUGUGUGACACAUACGGGGCUGAAUCUGACUGCUGAUCCGCUCAUAAACCCUCUUAGCCGCCCCUAUAGUCACUGAAUUGUAACAAAUCUCUCAACUGUCUAUUCUAAACUUUUUCCACAGCUUUCAGUUUCAUGUGUUCGCUGCCAAUAAAUUGAUAAACUCCAUUGUAACUUGCUUAUUUAGCCCAUAGACUCUUCCCCCCCACACA